AUGGCUCUCAAGAGAAUUAACAAGGAACUCGCUGAUCUAGGCCGUGACCCUCCUUCUUCCUGCUCUGCUGGUCCCGUAGGAGAUGAUUUGUUUCACUGGCAAGCAACAAUUAUGGGUCCUGGUGACUCGCCAUACUCGGGAGGUGUCUUCUUCUUAACCAUUCAUUUCCCUACCGACUACCCAUUCAAGCCUCCUAAGGUCAAUUUCACUACCCGAAUCUACCACCCCAACAUCAACUCAAACGGCAGCAUCUGUCUUGACAUCCUGAGAGACCAAUGGAGUCCUGCUCUCACAAUCUCCAAAGUGCUGCUCUCUAUCUGCUCGAUGCUCACAGACCCCAACCCCGAUGAUCCCCUGGUUCCCGAGAUUGCGCAUGUCUACAAGACUGAUCGUCCCCGAUAUGAAGCUACCGCUCGCGAAUGGACUCGCAAAUACGCCAUCUGA